GUCAGUGAUCCCGGAGAGACGCACUAAGUCGGGAAUGCAGUUUUUGCUUCAUCCAGGACGCCCCUAUCGUUGCAUUGUCAAAUCUAGUGGAUUGUGAAAGCCUCGUUUUAUUUGGAUGACUGCUCAGUACGGCUUAGCUAAUGGUGUUUGUGCCCUGUUUGCGGAUUAUUUGUCGCUGUGUCGAGACAUUGGAGCCAGGAGGCCCUGCUGUUGAAUGUAUGUAGAGGCUUGGAGAGAUAAUGAUGAGGUUUCGUCGGGGUUCGCUGCGGGUGAACUGAACUGGGACUUCCAGUCUGUCACCUAGUAUUUUCGUCUUUAACGAAGUCAAAUUUUCCAAAACCUGGACACCCCUGGAGCAGUUUAUGACGACUCUGGUUGGACCGUAAUGACCGCACGCUUCCGGUUGCCUGCUGGCAGAUCCUACAAUGUCCGGGCGUCGGAGCUGGCACGUGACAGACAGCACACCGAGGUGGUCUGCAACGUUUUUCUCCUGGAUAACACUGUCCAGGCUUUCAAGGUUAAUAAACACGAUCAAGGACAGGUCCUGCUGGAUGUAGUCUUUAAGCACCUGGAGCUGACUGAGAGAGAUUAUUUUGGGCUGCAUCUGGCUGACGAUUCCUCUGACAGUCCGAGGUGGUUGGAUCCAAACAAACCCAUCAGGAAGCAAUUAAAAAGAGGAUCUCCUCAUCAUUUGAACUUCCGGGUGAAGUUUUUUGUGAGCGACCCCAAUAAACUUCAGGAAGAAUACACCAGGUACCUGUAUUUUCUUCAAAUCAAGCAGGACAUACUGAGUGGAAGACUACCCUGUCCGCACAAUACUGCCGCGCUUCUCGCAUCAUAUGCUGUUCAAUCCGAACUCGGAGACUACAGUGAGUCGGAGAACCCUCCUGGCUAUCUCUCCGAAUACUGCUUCAUCCCCAACCCACCCCAGGGAUUUGACAAAGAGGUCGCCAAAUAUCACCAGCAACACGGUGGACUGACUCCAGCCCAGUCAGAGUUUAAUUACCUAAACACAGCACGGACAUUGGAGCUUUAUGGAGUGGAAUUGCACUAUGCAAGGGAUCAAAGCAACACUGAAAUUUUAAUUGGGGUGAUGUCGGCCGGAAUAGUCAUUUACAAGAACAGGGUACGAAUCAACUACUUUCCAUGGUUAAAGAUUGUGAAAAUAUCCUUUAAAUGCAAACAGUUCUUUGUUCAGCUGAGGAGAGAAGUGAGUGAGACAAGAGAGACGCUACUGGGCUUCAACAUGGUCAACUACCGGGCCUGCAAGAACCUCUGGAAGGCUUGUGUGGAGCACCACACCUUCUUCCGUUUGGAUCAGCCCGUUCCCCCGCAAAAGAAUUUCUUUGCCCACUAUUUCAGCCUAGGUUCCAAGUUCCGUUACUGUGGACGGACAGAGGCGCAGUCUGUGCAGUAUGGCAAGGAGAAGGGGAUUAAAGACAGGGUGUUUGCCAGGUCUCCCAGUAAGCCCUUGGCAAGGAAGCUGAUGGGAGUGAUGGACUGGGAGGCGGUGAGCAGGAAUUCGCUGUCUGACGAGAGACUGGAAACACAGAGCUUGCCUACCCGUUCUCCACCCGGGACCCCAAACCAUAGGAACUCAUUGUUUGUCCAGGAGGGGCCGCGACUCCGGCCGUCUUCCAUGGGUCACCUGGUAGAUCAUGUCAUCCAUGCCUCCCCUAGUCUGCCAGCCUUCUCCAACCACAAGUCAGCUUCCUCCACCCAGGCUAACAGCAUCAGCCUGGACUCUACCCCGUCUCCAGAGGGAGUUGACGGCCAACCGCCUGCUCUACCGCCUAAGCAGUCCAGGAAGAACCUGAGCCAGCUCAUUCUAUCACACUCACAACAAGAUCUGGAUAACCACAUCAAUGAGAUGUAUGAUGUCCCCGUGGCAACAGACAAGACCACGCUCAAUGGAGUUGUUCCUCAUGAUAAUCUGGUGCUGAUUAAAAUGAAACCAGAUGAAAACGGCAGGUUUGGCUUCAAUGUGAAGGGUGGCUCAGACCAAAAGAUGCCUGUCAUUGUGUCUCGAGUGGCCCCAGGAACUUCGGCUGAUCUUUGUGUGCCUCGACUGAAUGAGGGUGACCAGGUUGUGCUGAUAAACGGACGCGACAUAUCAGAACACACUCACGACCAAGUGGUGAUGUUCAUUAAAGCCAGCUGUGAAAGUCACUCUGGUGAACUUAUCCUGCUUGUUAGACCCAAUGCUAUCUAUGAUGUCGUGGAAGAGAAGUUGGAGACUGAGCCAGACUUCCAGUACAUUCCUGAGAAAUCCCCCACAGACCCAUCUCAGCUUGACCAGAAUGCCUGGAAGGACUCCAUGCAGCAGCUUAAAGAGGGCCUGAACAGCGGAGCCUUACUGGCCCAGUUUGAUCAACUGUACCGAAAGAGGCCUGGGAUGACAAUGUCCUGUGCCAAAUUACCUCAGAAUAUUUCCAAAAACCGCUACAGAGACAUUUCACCCUAUGAUGCAACACGGGUCAUUCUAAAGGGCACAGAUGACUACAUCAAUGCAAAUUACAUCAAUAUGGAAAUACCUGGCUCCAGCCUCAUCAACCGCUACAUUGCCUGCCAGGGACCUUUGCCCAACACAUGCCCAGACUUCUGGCAGAUGACCUGGGAGCAGGGUUCCUCUAUGGUGGUCAUGCUCACCACUCAGGUGGAGCGAGGCAGAGUGAAAUGUCAUCAGUAUUGGCCCAAUCCCUCAGGUACUGCUACCUAUGGUGGUUUCCGGGUUUCCUGUCAGACUGAAGAGGGAAACUCUGCUUUUCUGGUCAGAGAAAUGACUCUUAACCAUAUUGAGAGUGGGGAAAGCAGGGAACUCACCCAGAUCCAGUACCUGGCAUGGCCCGAUCACGGUGUGCCUGACGACUCCACUGACUUCCUGGACUUUGUGGCUCUGGUGCGGAGUAAGAGGGCUGGCAAGGAUGAGCCAGUGGUGGUUCACUGCAGCGCUGGGAUUGGCAGGACGGGAGUGCUCAUCACCAUGGAGACGGCGAUGUGCUUGAUGGAGUGCAGUCAGCCUGUGUAUCCCUUAGACAUAGUGAGAACCAUGAGGGAUCAGAGAGCCAUGAUGAUUCAGACCCCUAGCCAAUACAAAUUUGUGUGUGAAGCCAUUCUGAAGGUGUAUGAGGAGGGUCUUGUGAAGCCCCUGAAGUCGACGUUAUACGACUGAAGACGCAUAUGGUACCAACGUAAUGCCAGCGUUCACUGAUGUGAUGCCAACAGUCACUGUCAUCAUCUGCAGACUCCUCUCCACUGAUAGAUAUAUCCAACCUAUUGACACAUACACACACACACACACACACACACACCCCACCCCCAAAGCUAAUGGAGGACCCUCCUGAGCCAGGAAAAUGGGACAAAACUAAGCACUGUUGCACUUUACGCCGGCAAAAGACAAUACGCCAAACUACAAGGACAACGACAAACAAACUGAAUCCAGCAAA